AUGAAGGGAGACCCCUCUAAAAGAGACACCAGUAAAUACUGCGGAUUCCACGAGGAGCACGGUCAUCACACCAACAACUACAACGCUUGGAAAUGGCACCUUGAGGAGCUGGUCAGAGAAGGCCAUUGCACAGAGUUCGUUGCAAAGAAGGCUAUCCAGCAGAUCGAGGAUCGUGAUGCAGCUGCCAAGGAACCUCCCCAAAAGAUCAUUCGAAUCAACACCAUUCUAGCCGACUCCCAAGAGUUCGGGCUGACCACCAAGGAGCGUACCAGCCAGUGUGGAUACACCUAUCAUCGGCUUCCAGAAGAAGGACUUGAUCGGGCUUGA